GGGACUUUCGGAGAAUCUAAGCGUCGCACUUGCCGUUCUCUUUAGGGAUUUGCCCAGUGGCCAGUCAGUUCGGAAGAGCUAGAGGAGAGCCUCGGAAGCCGCGCUCUGGACUCUCAGCGGCCGGCUCAAAGUUCAGCGCGCCGCGGCUUCCGAGAGCCGCCAGUGUUCCGAGAAAAGCUGCCCGGGGCUGGAGGGCGCCCCUCGGACGCCGGAACCUUUGGUUCCCGGCCGUGGGCCGCGCCGGCAGCGGCAGGGGCCUUCCGGGGAGAGGAGCGGGCGCGCGGCGAUGGCGGCGGCGCCGGCCCUGAAGCACUGGCGCACUACGCUGGAGCGGGUGGAGAAAUUCGUGUCGCCGCUCUACUUUACCGACUGUAAUCUCCGCGGCAGGCUCUUCGGGGACAGCUGCCCGGUGGCCGCGCUCUCCAGCUUCCAGACGCCCAAGAGGCUUCCCUACCUGGAGGCGGUGCAGCAGGAGUUCCGCCCCGCGCAGAUCGGCGACAGCUUCGGACCCACGUGGUGGACCUGCUGGUUUCGGGUAGAGCUGACCAUCCCGGAGGCAUGGGUGGGUCAGGAAGUUCACCUUCGCUGGGAAAGUGAUGGAGAAGGCCUGGUGUGGCGAGAUGGAGAACCUGUCCAGGGUUUGACCAUAGAGGGGGAGAAGACCAGCUAUGUCCUGACUGACAGGCUGGAGGAAGGAGACCCCCGGAGCCUGACCAUCUAUGUGGAAGUAGCCUGCAACGGGCUCCUGGGGGCCGGGAAGGGAACCAUGAUUGCAGCCCCUGACCCAGAGAAGAUGUUCCGGGUGAGCCGGGCUGAGCUGGCUGUGUUCUGCCGGGAUGUUCACAGACUCCUGGUGGAUCUGGAGUUGCUGCUGGGCAUAGCCAAGGGCCUUGGGGAAGACAACCAGCGCAGCUUCCAGGCCCUGUACACAGCCAACCAGAUGGUGAACGUAUGUGACCCUGCCCAGCCCGAGACCUUCCCGGUGGCCCAGGCCCUGGCCUCCAGGUUUUUUGGCCAACGUGGAGGAGAAAGUCAACAUACCAUCCAUGCCAUGGGGCACUGCCACAUUGAUACAGCCUGGCUUUGGCCCUUCAAGGAGACUGUGCGAAAAUGUGCCCGGAGCUGGGCGACAGCCGUGCAGCUCAUGGAGCAGAACCCGGACUUCAUCUUUGUCUGCUCCCAGGCGCAGCAGCUCGAGUGGGUGAAGAGCCACUACCCUGGCCUGCACGCUAGGCUCCAGGAGUUCGCCUGCCGAGGGCAGUUCGUGCCUGUGGGGGGCACCUGGGUGGAGAUGGACGGGAACCUUCCCAGCGGAGAGGCCAUGGUGAGGCAGUUCCUGCAGGGCCAGAACUUCUUCCGGCAGGAGUUCGGGAAAAUGUGCUCGGAGUUCUGGCUCCCAGACACGUUCGGCUACUCAGCACAGCUCCCCCAGAUCAUGCGCAGCUGCGGCAUCAGGCACUUCCUGACCCAAAAACUGAGCUGGAACUUGGUGAACUCCUUCCCGCACCAUACUUUUUUUUGGGAGGGGCUGGAUGGCUCCCGCGUGCUGGCCCACUUCCCACCUGGCGACUCAUACGGGAUGCAGGGCAGUGUGGAGGAGGUGCUGAAGACCGUGGUCAAAAACCGGGACAAGGGGCGGACCAACCACAGUGCCUUCCUCUUCGGCUUUGGGGACGGGGGCGGGGGCCCCACCCAGACCAUGGUGGACCGCCUGAAGCGGCUGCACAAUACAGACGGGCUGCCCAGGGUGCAGCUGUCUUCUCCGGGGAGACUCUUCUCCGCGCUGGAGAGCGACUCAGGGCACCUGUGCGCGUGGGUUGGGGAGCUCUUCCUGGAGCUGCACAAUGGCACCUACACCACCCAUGCCCAGAUCAAGAAGGGGAACCGGGAGUGCGAGCGGAUCCUGCACGACGUGGAGCUGCUCAGCAGCCUGGCCAUGGCCCGCAGCACCCAGUUUCUGUACCCGGCCGCCCAGCUGCAGGACCUCUGGAGGCUCCUGCUCCUGAACCAGUUCCAUGACGUGGUGACCGGAAGCUGCAUCCAGCUGGUGGCAGAGGAGGCCAUGUGCCACUACGAAGAUAUCCGUUCCCACGGCAGCACGCUGCUCAGCGCCGCAGCCGCAGCCCUGUGCGCCGGGGAGCCGGGGCCCGAGGGCCUCCUCAUCGUCAACACGCUGCCUUGGACGCGCACUGAAGUGCUGGCCCUGCCCCGGCCUGGGGGGGCCCACAGCCUAGGUAUCCUCCCCAGCCCUGGUGACGGUGCCCAGCAUGGGCUACGCUUCUGCCCCGGCCCCCACCUCCCUGCAGCCCCCGCAGACCCAGCAACCUGUGUUUGUGGUGCAAGAGUCCCUGCACACUCAGCUUCAAGGACCCCUCCCACCAAGACCGACGGUUCUGUGACUCUGGACAACGGCAUCAUCCGGGUGAGGCUGGACCCAACCGGCUGCCUGACGUCGCUGGUGCUGGUGGCCUCCGACAGGGAUGCCAUUGCUGAGGGCGCCGUGGGGAACCAGUUUGUGCUGUUCGAUGAUGUCCCUCUGUACUGGGAUGCAUGGGACGUCAUGGACUACCACUUGGAGACACGGAAGCCAGUGCCGGGCCAGGCAGGGACCUUAGCAGUGGGCACUGAGGGUGGCAUGCGGGGCAGCGCCUGGUUCCUGCUGCAGAUCAGCCCCAGCAGUCGGCUCAGCCAGGAGGUCGUGCUGGACGCUGGCUGCCCCUACGUCCGCUUCCACACCGAGGUGCACUGGCACGAGGCCCACAAGUUCUUGAAGGUGGAGUUCCCCACCCGCGUGCGGAGCCCCCAGGCCACCUAUGAGGUCCAGUUCGGGCAUCUGCAGCGGCCCACGCACCACAACACCUCUUGGGACUGGGCUCGAUUUGAGGUGUGGGCCCACCGCUGGAUGGACCUAUCAGAGCACGGCUUUGGGCUGGCUCUGCUCAACGACUGCAAGUACGGCGCGUCAGUCCGAGGCAACGUCCUCAGCCUCUCGCUCUUGCGGGCGCCGAAGGCCCCCGACGCCACUGCUGACAUGGGCCGCCACGAGUUCACCUACGCGCUGAUGCCGCACCAGGGCUCUUUCCAGGACGCUGGCGUUAUCCGCGCUGCCUACAGCCUCAACUUCCCCCUGUUGGCGCUGCCUGCCCCGGGCCCAGCACCCGCUGCCUCCUGGAGCGCCUUCUCCGUGUCCUCGCCCGCGGUCGUGUUGGAGACGGUCAAGCAGGCGGAGACCAGCCCCCAGGGCCGCACGCUGGUCCUCAGGCUGUACGAGGCCCACGGCAGCCACGUCGACUGCUGGCUGCGCACGUCGCUCCCGGUUCAGGAGGCCGUCCUCUGCGACCUCUUGGAGCAGCGAGACCCGGCUGGCCACCUGCCCCUUCGGGACUCCCGCCUGAAGCUCACCUUUUCUCCCUUCCAAGUGCGGUCCUUGUUGCUGGUGCUGCAGCCCCCUCCAAACUGAGCCGCUGACGGUGGGGUUUUAUGUGUGGAAGGCUUGGGGGGCUCCUCACUUCUGCCUCCCCCGCCUGAAGCAAGGAUCAGUCACCUCUUGAAUAAACCCUUGACUCAGGAACCCUGCUAGCAGUAGUCCCCGCUCACUCCGCUCGGGGCCUGUCCUCAGGCAUUUGGGGGCAGGGGCAAGACCCGAGCUUCUCUGUGUGUGCAGGGUCUGGGUU